GGCCAAACCCCAACCAAAACCUUCUUCUUCCUCCUCCUCCUCGCCGCAACACUCUCCGGGUGCUGCCAGAGCCAUGGCAACCAUCCUCAACGUGGCCGCCAUGGCCACCUUCCAGGCUCCGAUGCCCCCACCGCGGCCCCUGGCCAUGGUGCCGGCUCGCCAGAACGUCGUGUCGUUCGCCCGCCACCCGGCGGCGGCGUGGGGCGCCCGGAGGCCGCGCGUGGGCGUGGCGGCGGCUUCGCCGUCCACGCCGCCGGAGCUGGCGCAGAAGGUGUCGGAGAGCAUCAAGCAGGCGGAGGAGACGUGCGCGGACGACCCGGAGGGCGGCGAGUGCGCGGCGGCAUGGGACGAGGUGGAGGAGCUCAGCGCCGCCGCCAGCCACGCGCGCGACCGCAAGAAGGACAGCGACCCGCUCGAGGAGUACUGCAAGGACAACCCGGAGACCGACGAGUGCCGCACCUACGAGGACUGAAUCCAUGGGCGCUCUCGCCAUUGCUGUCACUGUGUUGCAUACAUGAGCUUUGCUCUUAGCAAAUUAAGCUAGAUCGGCAUAGCAUACUGGUGUGUACACUUUGCCUCUUGGGCGUGUAAGUUUGGCUGUCAGUUGCAAUAAUGCAAGGUUUGUUUGUUUGUUAAUUACAAGAAAUAUUCAGGAACUGCGGUUGCAUGACAAA